AUGUCUGAUCAAACCUCUCAGUCAACUACACCCGACGACGCUUCGGAACAAGAACAAUCGAUAAUAAAGACUCAAAAACCGCAUGUCGAGCCCGUCCAAUAUCUAUGCAGUACAGCUAAUUCUACAGUAACAAGCUUGAUAUACUGGGAGAAUCCACUGAGUUCGGUCAUCGUUCUCGGCACUGGUCUCGCCAAUUGCCUUUUGUUUUAUUACUAUUCUAUUUCGAGUAUAUACGCGGCAGUUGCAUUCUUUGUUCUGUUCGGCAAUUGGUUGUACGUUCUCGGAUACAAACAGUUGCAACAUCUGCUUGGGCGCGAGCCAAAGCAUCCUUUCGAGCGUUUACUUUCAGAGCGUCUAUUCGUCAUACGUCAAGAACAGGUGGAAAAACAUUUGGAUGUAUCGUUGCAAAUUGUCAAUUCCUUAUCGAGCGAAUACGCAAAAAUUAUAUUCGUUGAAGAUGCGUUUAGAACUGCCAAGUAUGCGGGUUGUGUGUUUGUGUUAUGGUACCUUACCACAUGGUUCUCAGUUCCGACUAUUCUAGGACUCUUCCUUGUGGCAGCGUUUACGAUUCCAGCCGGUUAUAAAAACCACAAAGAAGCUAUUGAUAACAAGUAUGAGUAUGCGAAAAACAAGGCUAAAUCAUACAGCCAGCGUACGCUUAAAGUGGCUUGCAAUAACAUGGGCGAUUGUUACGAGAAAUCCAGACAAUAUUUGGGGAAGAAAAUUGCGCAUACUGGAGAAACUUUGAAGAAAAAAGAAUAA